AUGCCGGACCAUGACAGCGACUCCCUCCUGAACAGACAGACCAAGCGAAGACGUGUGGACAUUGGUGUUAAGCGGACCGUGGGCAGCACAUCCUCCUCCACAGCAGCAGUCACCGCAGCCACCACUGAUAACAUUGCCCGCGCCAAAGCAGCCAUUUUUAGUGCCAUGAACUCUUUGAGCUCCCACUCUCACCACGGAUCAGACACCGACUCCAUGGAGUGCUCCGUUGUGCAGCCACAUGGUGGGCCUGGCGUUGUGUCAGCUAGUGACAGUGAGUCCAAGUCCAAUGUACUCCGAAAGCUACUGAAGAGGGCCAACUCAUACGAGGACACCAUGAUGCCCUUCCCUGGCACCACCAUUAUCUCUCAGCUUCUCAAGAAUAACAUCGCCAAAAAUGGAGGAGGGCCCGAGAGGGGAGAAAGAGGGGACAGGGGUGAUAGAGGGGACUCUGGCUUCCCUGGAUCAGGGCUCUCUAAUGCAAGUUCUGAUGCUCCCCAAGAGGAUGCCUGCAGUAACUCCUCCCACGACAGCACCCCACAAGAGUGUUUGUCACCAUUUGGCCGUCCUCCUGGCCUGGCCACCUUUGACAUAGAACGUCUCAAUGAUGAACACCUGCGUGCCAAGAGAGCUCGCGUAGAGAACAUUAUCCGUGGCAUGAGCCAUUCCCCCAGCGUGGUAGUACCUGCUGCUACCCGUCAUGAGCGUGACCAUGAUAUGGAUGGAGAACGGGACAUGGAGCUGGACUGCCCACCUCCUCAGUCUCAACAGCAGGCCCCCAGCAGCCCACGGGGAGGCGAGGUGUGCAGCAGCAGCCGAGAGAACAAGCGUAAACAGCGUUUGCCACAGCAGCAACAGCAGAGCUUCACCCAGCUGGUGUGCCAGAGAAAGGAACAGAAGCAGGAAGAGCGACGGCAGCUCAAACUGCAGCUGGAGGACAUGCAGAAGCAACUACGGCAGCUGCAGGAGAAGUUCUUUCAGAUAUACGACUCAACUGAUGACUCAGAACACAACGACCUCCACAAUGACAUAGGAAACAUGUCAGAGGACAGCCCAGCCAGGUCUGAUAACGGAGGUGACGAUCGGGGUGGAGAUGACUUGCGCUCAGACAAUGAGAUGUCUGACCUGGAUCCGGGCCAUUUCAUAGACAGGGCGAGGGCAUUGCUUCAGGAGCAAGCCCUGCUGGCUGACGGAGAGAAGCCAAGAAGAGAAGGGCUUAGCAGGAACAAAGGACACGGAGGUCCGGGUUCCUCGAUGCAUGCUGAAGGCAAACAGCUGGCAGAAACGCUGAAGCAGGAACUCAAUUCUGCCAUGACCCAGGUGGUGGACACAGUGGUUAAGGUGUUUGCAAAGCCUCCACGCCCUACACCUCAGCAAGCCUUUCCUACACUUUCCAUACCUCCUGAAAGAUUUCCUACUGCUGUCAAUGGAGAUAACCCCAACUUUCACACCGCCAACCAGAGGCUGCAGUGCUUUGGCGAUGUCAUCAUUCCCAAUCCGCUCGACUCCUUUACCAGCAUGCCCGGGAUCCCCGGCGCAACCAAUGACCAAACUGAGGCACUGCCCUUAGUAGUGAGGAAAACACCCAGUGAGCACCACCACCAGGCCUCAGCUGUGGGUGCCCACGGUGGAAACCACCACCCCGCCCUUCACCCCUCCUCACUCUCUGCCUCCAUGGGCUUCAGCCCACCAUCCUUUAGACACCCCUUUCCACUGCCUCUCAUGGGCUAUCCUUUCCAGAGUCCUCUUGGCGCACCCCCAGGUAGUUACACAGGCAAGGACCGUUCUUCACCAGACUCCAUGGACCUGUCCAGGGAAAGCACCGGCUUGAGGACCAAGAUGUCGUCAGGUCAUCACCUGGGGCACCACCAUCGCUCUUGUUCACCAGCACACCCUGGCAGCACAGCCGAGGGGCUCUCCCUGUCCCUCAUCAAGUCUGAGUGCAGUGAUCUCCAGGACAUGGCUGACAUCUCACCCUACUCAGGCAGCAACAUCCAAGAAGGUCUCUCCCCAAAUCAUCUGAAGAAGGCCAAGCUCAUGUUUUUCUAUACCCGCUACCCAAGCUCUAACAUGCUCAAGAUGUAUUUCUCUGAUGUCAAGUUUAACCGCUGCAUAACCUCCCAGCUGAUAAAGUGGUUCAGCAACUUCCGGGAGUUCUACUACAUUCAGAUGGAGAAGUUUGCCCGGCAGGCCAUCAAUGACGGAGUCACCGGAGCAGAGGAGAUGAGCGUCAGCCGAGACUGCGAGCUCUUCCGAGCCCUCAACAUGCACUACAACAAGGCCAACGACUUUGAGGUCCCUGAUCGUUUCCUGGAGGUGGCAGAAAUCACACUGCGAGAGUUCUUCAAUGCCAUCGUGGCCGGCAAAGACGUGGACCCGUCCUGGAAGAAGGCCAUCUACAAGGUCAUCUGCAAACUGGACAGCGAGGUCCCAGAGAUCUUUAAGUCCCCAAACUGUCUCCAAGAGCUUCUACAUGAGUAAAUUUCACCUCCUCCUCCUCUUCCUCCUUGCUUAUCGCUUUGCGCUUUCUUUGUUUUUCUGAUUUCAUAGAAUUUCAAAAUUAUAUUAUGAUUUGUUUUUUUCCCUUUUCUUCAAUUUUACUUUUGAUUUCCUGUUUUUUUUUCUUGUUUGUUUGUUUUUAUUUUUUUUUGGAUGUAUGAAAGUUAUGGAGUAGCAUUCCCAAUCUAAAGCCCCUUGUGGCAGUUCCUAAAUGACCUAGCUAUUGUGUUCUUGUUCUUAUAUUAUGCUGGUUAUUAUAUGUUUUGUUUUUCUAAGACUCUGAAUUGACGAGGCUCUGAUCUUAUUGGGUGUUUUUAUUUUUAUUUUCUUGGACCGUGUGAACACUCUGUUUGGCCUGUUCUGUGAUCAACACUAACGGCGCCCUCCAUGUGUGGAAAGAGUUCCCGAGUUCCCAUUUAUACCGCUAAGAACAUAGGCUGGGUUCCCUGAAGACUUGACUCGUGGCACCCACGGAGGCCCCUCCAAUUCAGGGGGUAUCCAUGUGAACUGCCCCACUCUAACCCCCUCCCUCCCAAAAACGAAGUGGGUGCCUAAUAGACUGUGCUAUUGAAGAUGUCCCUAACAGGGCAGGCACAUGCACACAUGCACACAUGCACACAAAAAGCAAGGCCUAGUGAGGUUGUUGACUGGACUAAAACUGGACUUUUGGUACUGGUCUGUGAGACUUGGACCAGUUUCAAAUAGCUACUGAGCUCUACCAUUUUUUUUUUUUUUUUUGAAGUGUGUUUUCCCUGGAAAUAGGGGCAUUGUGUUUAUUGGGUGUACAUUAUUAUUUUGAUUACUAUUCUUAUUGUUGUUGUUUAUGAUUAUUAUUUGUCACUACUGCUUGCUGAAGAUUGGCACUUCAAGAUUUGUUUGUCCCUUGAUGCCGUUGCUGAAAGAAAUAAAUUAUUGCUAUUAAUAUUAUUCCAAAAGAUUUUUAGAUUCUGAAGUAUUUCCCCCCUCCUCCACCUCCCUCAUUCCCCAUUUUCCUUCUCCUUACUCACUUCCCUCAGUUUGUUCAUCACUGAAGUGGACUUUGGUUUUGUUUUGUUUGUUUCGCUGUUUGGUUGCUGGGGCAACUUUGCUGGAUUUGGAUUUUAUUCCAGGGAAUUUAUUAGAGUGGGCUUCUCUAUUCGCCUGUAGUGACAAGCUCAUCCUGCACAGGAUCGGUCCAGUAAUGAUGCUAAAAGUAACCAACAUAGGCUAAAGAAACAUGAGGUAAAUAAGAAGUAUUUGGAAAAAGUGUGUUUUCUUGAUUUAUUAUAGCUGUUCUAUAAAAAAUAAAGCUACAUUUUCUUGUAGUUGUUCCACCUUUGAAAACUAAUCCGCUCCCCCUUAAAGAGCACUUGUUCAUCUAAUAACACAAUAUUUUUCUACGUCUGUGUUCUGAAUUAGUGAACAUACAUAAUAAGUGCGAGUUUGAUCUUUUUUUUUUUGUUUUUAAUUUUUAUAGUACUAAACAGCUCACGUGAAAGAAGUUAACAUAUUUACACUGCUGGCUCUUAAUGUGGUUAGCUUAUAUAUGGUGUAAAUGGCAUUAUGAAGUUACUUUAAUAGCAGUCGAUACUUGAAUAUAUCAAAACCUGAAGUACCGGUUUGUUACCUGAACAGACAUGAAGAUAAAAGGAAUCUAUUGAGGCUGAUAAACAGCCGUUUAUUAAUUCUGCCUCAAGUAGAACUUACCCUGGCGACGACCACACACACACACACACACACUGACAAUGCUCCUUCCCUCUAUGUUCACCUGCUGCUGAGUGAUUUAGCUUCUCUCUCAGUGCAACAAUAUGAGGUUAGAGGUGAGGACUCUCCCCCAGGGGGUAGACGGAGAAGCUCUCAGCACUACAAAGACCAGGGACAAAGGCGCAGAGUAAGGAGCAACAUGCACCUGAAGCCCUCUGCUCUGUCCUGCCGUCCCACACCGGCAGCUUUUAAGACCCAAAGUGUGUCUCUGUUCAAGCCACUGUGCCCAGUUUGUUAAACGGCAUUCCUUUCACUUUUACCUGAGGUUCUAAUCCCAAAUUUUUUCACUUGAGCUGAACUUCUAUAUGUACUGUUUUUGAUUUGUUUUUUACUUUCACCCAUCCUCUCAGGCUGUUAAGAUUUUACGAAGCAGUUAGUAAGUAUUAGAUGCCCUUUUUGAAGAGGUAAGUUUGAAGCAAUGAGUGGACUUUGAUAUUUUGCUUGGUGCGUGCGAGCUAGCUGGUGAUCUCACCUUGCGACAUUGGCUUAUAGUGUGUCUGUGUGUGCGGCACAAAAGAUCAAAAGGGGCAGGUUGCUUAACCUGCUGACUUGUCUAAGCGAGACAAAAGGCCUGACAAAAGAAGGCAGAGAAAGACAGAGAGCUACUCCCUUCAUUAUGUCCCCCUUCUCCUCCCCGGACAGUGUUCUUCUUAAGAUCCGGAGCCCUGAGAGAGCGAGCGGCGCACAUUUCUCACUGAAGGAUGGGCUAGGCCCUGCAUGUCUCAGUCUCAAAGCACCAGCCAAGGGCUCUAAAGCGCCACAGACAAAGGAUAAAGAAAGGAAAGGACACUUUUAUCUGAUGCGCAGAUUAUUAUCGUUCCACGCCCUCUCCCUUCCUGCAACUCCACCCUAAACUUAAAGAGUUCCUGCGUCUAAAAAGAUUAAUUCAGGAUAAUGAAGAACUUGUGUGCAAAAAAGAAAAAAGGAAAAAAAAAAGAAUAAAUAAAUAAAAUAAGGAUUAGCAAGACCUUAACGCCGUUGAGAAUAUUUUUGUCAGGUUUCGUUUUCUGGGGUCGUUUAAUUUUUAGGAUAACAUUAUUGAAAUGCAUAUAUAGCCUUUUUUUAUAAUUGUAAAGUAUAAAUCUAUGGGAAAAAAUAUAUAGUGGAAGUUCUUUGAAAGGCACUGUUAGAAACUGUUUCAUAAAAGAAAUCUUGAGGGUAUUUUUAGUGACAGUUUUGUUGCAAUCUGUAUUCUGAAUGAGUUGUUGGUAGAUUAGGAGCAAUAGUAGUAGGUUUUUUGCAGGUUUUGUGACCAGUUUUUCCUUUUGGUUUCUUUACCUUUUUUUGUAUUGUGCUGAAUGGCUGUCUUCUGGAGAUCAAAAAAAGAAAAGAAAAAUAAACUUGGAAUACCUUUUCAGAGUAUGAAAUAUUGUUGUUGCUGCUGUAAAUACUGUCAGGAUGAAACAAAGAAUAGCUGUACAGAGUUUUUUUUUUCUAUUAUCACUCAGAGUGCUAGAGAGGGGUGAGUGGUUAAAAAAGGAAAAAAAAGAGACUUCACCCACUCUCCAACUGGACUCAUAAGCACUCUUCUGAAAUAUCCACAGAGGAGUGGGGUAUUUUUUUGUUGUUGUUGUUUUUUCCCCCCCUCUGCCAUGCCUUUAACGGGAAACGGUUUCCCAUCGGCAGUGCCCUUGAAGUUGCACCAGCAUUCAUUUCUUUAAUUUUCCGAACAGAACGAUGCAUCAGACGAGCGGUGGGGUAACGGUGAUGUCACAGCGCGGCCCGUUGGCAGCCUGUGCGCUUUGUGUCAUCCAAAAAAACAAGGGCAGAUUUCCGCCAACGUAGCUCUAGAUUUGACCCAAGAGACAGGAACUCAUUGUCAUCAGAAGACUAGUGCCAUCCAUGGAUGGGGAACACUGUACAGUGACAGAUUAAAGGGAAAAAAAACAGACUGCAGAUUGAAGGGGAAAAAAAGCGAUUUGUACCCCCUUUUCACUGGGUUUAAAAGUUGAUGAAAGUUUGGAAUUUUGUGGAAUUUCUGUAUGCUUUGCAGUACACGUGCAUGUGUGUGUGUGUGUGUGUGCACUGUAUAUGACUGCGUGUGUCUGCGUGAGAGAAAAGACCGAUUAUGAGAACCUGUGAACCAGUGUGUGACACAAUUCUCAACACUGUGGCCCCUCCCCCACCCCUGGGAGUACCAUCCUGACAUGUAAAUGACUCUCAUUAAGCGUUGGCAACAUGUGUUUGGUGUGUGCGCAUGUGUGUGUGUGUGUGUUGAGAUAAUUUCCUCUGAUCUGUUUUCUGACCUGUUUGAAAGAGGUUUUUGUUUCUCGAUGCUUUCAGUAGUAAUUCCUUUUUUAUUAUUAUCACAUUGCUCCUCUUUUAUUGUAAAUAUCAAUGACGUGGACUUACAGUGAUAAAUACUGCCUUUGUAUAACUUUAGCAAUAUGUUAUGUAAAUAAUGUUUUGUUGAUGCUUUUUGUAUGACAUUAUUAUUCAAUUCUAGUGCAGUAAUUCCAACUGGAACAGCCAUGUUUUUCGGAUACAGUCUGAAUAGUUACACAGGUUGUAAAAAUAAAACUCAUGACAUGGCUGCUUUUUUUUUUUUUCCUGUUAUCGGUGUCUAUUUGUCUUGCAGAUUUUGUGUAAUUUAUUGGUUUAAUUUAUCCUAAUUUAUUUGAUGUCGUUUCAUUUUGUUUUUUCAAACAGGGAAGGCUGUACUGCAUUUGAAUAAGUAGAACCAACUUAAAAGAUUUUACACUUUAUCGAAUUUACAAUUUCAAAAAAGAAAAAAAGUUAAAUUGACCGAAAAGAUGAGUGGAGAUCUUGGCAGCUACGUGAAACUGGAUGGUUAAAACAAACAAAAAAAAACUGGAUUUGACGGGGCAGAGGGUGGACUUGAAAGCUGAAACUAGUUUGAAGCAGUUUUGUAUUUUCUCUUGAGAUUUUUUCCCUUGUAUUGCUUUGGCCCAGCCCAAAAACAACCAGUAGUCAAAUUGCCUUUCGUGCCUUCACCCUCUAUGAACUGAAUGUAUGU